CUGCUCAUGGGGUCAUUUGAACCUCUGUUUAUGACUCUCACGUACACGUGCUUCCUCCCCAGCCCGAACAUGCGGGUCUCGAUCGUCACCUUCUCCACAAGGGGCCACACCGUCCUAAAGCUCACCUCGGACAAAAAAGAAAUCGAAGAUGGUCUCAACAAACUACGCAACACAGUGCCUACCGGAGCCACAAACAUGCAGGAAGGAUUUAAAGCGGUCAAUGAGCAGAUCUCCACAGCAAACUCUGGAGAAAAGAAAGUGCACUCCAUGGUUGUCUCCCUAAUUGAUGGAGCACUUUGGCCAGAGUCCUUUCAGGCUACCAAGAAUGAAGCUCAGAGGACUCGACAACUGGGAGGGACUGUUUACGUUGUGGGUGUCAACAACUACUUGAAAAAUCAGCUCCUGGCAAUUGCAGACAGCGAGGAGCACGUGGUUGGUGUGGACAGUGGAUUCUAUGAUCUCAGGAACAUCGUUGACUCACUCGCAGCUAAGUCCUGCAUUGAGCUGACAAGUGUGGGACCGACAGAUUACUGUGUGGGAGAAAACUAUGAUGUAGGCGUCUUUGGAAGAGGUUUUCAUAACACCAACAACAAAAAAGAAGUUCUUUGCAGAAUUCAAAUAAGUGACACCGUAUUUUUCGGUAAGUACCUCUCUGAUUUGUACAAGUAACAGAUUUCCCACAGACGCUGUCUCCCUCAGGCACCAUGCCUCCAAACACUUGAUGCCCAUUCCCUAUGGGU